UAAAUAUAGAAUGAGCAGCUUAACAAAACAAUUGUUCAUCGAAUUUCUACUUUCACAACCUCUGCAAUCAUCCAUGGCGGAAGUCAAGACCCCCACAAUCCUAACCCUAUCUGAGCAAUAUUUAUUGAAGGAGAAAGAAGGGAAGUUGGAUAUUGCUACAAAGCCUACCGAAGAACCGGAGGCAAAAAACCCUGCGAAUUCCCCCUUCGAGGAAGUCAUCACUCAAGAAGUUGAACAGACACCAGAAAUUAAGAUUGAGACAGCACCAGCAGAUUUCCGUUUCCCAACCACAAAUCAAACUAGGCAUUGUUUUACCCGAUACAUUGAGUAUCAUCGGUGUGUAGCUGCAAGAGGGGAUGGUGCUUCGGAGUGUAACAAGUUUGCAAAAUACUAUCGCUCUCUGUGCCCUGGUGAAUGGGUAGAGAGAUGGAACGAGCAAAGGGAGAAUGGUAUCUUUCCAGGUCCAUUGUAAAACGGUACCUGCUGAAGGACUUAAAUAUAUUUUGUUUCCUGCCAUUGUAUCCAAGUUGCUUGGGCUUUCUGGAUGAAUAUCUUGAAUAAGAACCGAGCAAUAUCAAGAGAAGUUGCUAUUUAAUGUGGUUAAUAAAUUUUUUUGUUUUCUUGUAUGUAGUUUGAGUCCAAAAACAUAUUUGUUUCUGUUUCUUGUAACAAAGGAAUUUACAGUCUUCACUUGCAUGGAACUCAUUUUCCUUCAA